AUGUCAGGGUAUGUACGAGAUGUUACACCUCAGGUUGGUGAUAUAUUUCAACUGUUAGAUAAGAACAAAGAUGGGAAUUUGGACAUAGCCGAAUUUGCGAAAAUACAGGAAGAUUACAAACUUUUUCAGUAUGUGUCGCCAACAAAUUCUGAUGCUGAUAAAAAUCCUGAAGUACAAAAAUUUCCUAAUAUUCCUGUAAAAUUGGGAGAGCAGAUCAUCAGUAUUGAAACAAGCUUUCAACCUUUGAUAUUAAGUUCAAUGAAAAAGAAUGUUGCAGCAAUCCCUGAGAAUGAAUUAGGACCAUUAACUGGAUUAAUAAAUUGGACUAAGCCUUUUAAGAAAAGUCAUGCUUUUGGAGCCCAGAGCUUCAAAUUAUUCCUUUUGAGCAAGAACGUUGAAGAACCUGGCAUGUCUUGGUGGAUAAUUGAACCAAAACUUUCAAAAUAUUCAACUCCAUUGUCAAGUGAAAGGUACUUUCCGCCAAUUGUGGAGGAAAAGUUUCACAUAUUGUUUGCCCUUCUCAGUCUUUUCCAUCCUCAACCUUUUCUUUGGGGUCGUUUUGGUCCUCAAGGAACGGUAGCUGUUUUGAGAGCUUUCACUGGAGAUUUUUAUGACAUAAUAUUUAGGGUACAUGCAGAAUUUCAGUUGAACCAACCACCUCUUCAUCCUUUCUGGUUUACACCAUCACAAUUUAAUGGACGAAUAAUCAUCAAUAAAGAUGCUUCUGUAGUUAAAUUUUUUCACAUGGAAGUGCCAAAUAAACGAUUAAACGUGGACAUGGAAUGGCUUAAUGGUCCUAAACAGGAGAAUAUGGAAGUUGACAUAGGACAUAUUCCUCAAAUGGCUCUGAUAUCUUCUGCCAUAUCUGCUGCUUCUGAUAACAAAAAAGGAGCUGACCAAAAUAUAUCAACAAUCAAAUGGGAAAAGGAAAUUGCUGUUGAUGAAGCUUUACACAUCUUAGAAUUAGAAUUUUACCCAUUUAAAAAAGUGAAAUACUACAAUAUAAUUGAAGCUUUCCAAAUUGCCAUGAAUGAAUCAAAAUUAGUUCAUGGCAUAAUUUUGUGGGGAAAUCUGGAUGAUCAAUCCUGCUGAGGAUCAGGGCGGACUUUGCGAGAAACUGCACUUGCAAGUCCGCCUAUAAUAAAUCUUUUACAAGCUCACUUUAUUAGUUUUUGGUCACUUGUUGCUGAGCUUGAGGAAUACGUUCAUCAUUCUGAUCCCAGAACUUCUAAGCUUGCGAGCACUUGUCUGGAUACUUAUGAGUUCCCUGUUGAGUCUGUAAUUUUUCACCCCAAUGGCAGUCUUAUUCAUCAUGCCAAUGCCAAUAAUUUGAUUGAUAUUAAUCAAGAUUCCCAAUCAUUUUUUACUAUGUUUAGUGAUCCUGUUGACUUCAAUUAUCAAAAUUUUCUUGAAGUUGGGCUAAAAACUGGUAACGUUGUAAGAGAUAAUGAAUUUUAA